AUGAUCGUUAAGCAUUGGUUAGCUUCGCAUCCAUCUCGUUGGCAAAUGUUUGUAGCGAAUCGAGUGUCGGAAAUCCAGCACAUCACAAAGAACGGCUUCUGGAAUCAUGUUGCUGGAAUUGUGAACCCGGCAGACCUUAUUUCACGAGGGGUAUCCCCAGCUCAACUUUGCUACGAAAAAUUAUGGUUCGAGGGUCCUCAGUGGUUAUCCCAAGCUCAACAAUAUUGGCCUCGUCAAACAGCUGAAGGUCAAGAAGAGUUCGACCCAUCAAUCGUCGAAGAACGUCCAACUACUACAACGCUGAUGUCGAAGAGUGAACCCUUUCACGAAAUUUUUGGUCUGAAGUCGUCGUUUACGAGUUUGAUCCGUAUUGUCGCAGUUAUGCUCCGCUUCAGACACAAUUCUCAAAAGAUCAAUCGUUUGUGUCGACGAGUUGGUCCGUUGACACCACAAGAAAUGCAGUAUGCUAUCGUAGUUUUGGUCCGCCUUUCACAGAAUGAGUCGUUUGAGUCAGAGUUAAAAGAUUUGGAAAGGAAUGGUCAAGUAGAAAGAAGGUCGAGAAUUGCUAAAUUGAACCCAUUUGUCAAAGAUGGUACAAUCCGCGUCGGGGGCCGGUUGUCGAACGCUCCAUUACCGGAUUCUCGAAAACAUCCGUGGGUUCUCGACCAUCGUCAUCCAUUGGCUCUACUUAUUGUGCGUGAUUAUCACUUGCGUCAAUUUCACGCUGGGCAGCAGUUGCUUAUCGCCUCCGUAAGACGAAGUUUUUGGCCAACAAACAUCAAUUCCUUGGCGAGAAAGGUGAUUCACGAGUGUGUUCCGUGUUUCAAAAGCAGACCUAAGAUUUCAGAACAGAUUAUGUCAGAUUUGCCGUCAGUCAGAGUUACGCCAUCGUCAGCAUUUUUAAAAGUGGGAGUUGACUACUGUGGUCCAUUUAACGUCAGCUACCCUAAUCGUCGUACAACACCGGUGAAAUGCUAUGUAGCUAUCUUCGUUUGCUUGGCAGUGAAAGCGGUUCAUUUGGAGCUCGUUAUGGAGCUAACGACUGAAGCCUUCAUUGCUGCACUGCGCAGGUUCAUCGGGCGCCGAUCGAAACCAGAAUUGAUUAUGUGCGACAAUGCAACGACAUUUGUUGGAGCAAACAACUCAUUGAAAGAGAUUGGUCGGCUUAUGAGGUCUAAUGAUUUUCAAAACACUGUGAUCAAGACAGCAGCAGAAGAGGGUGUCGAAUUUCGUUUCAUUCCACCCAGAUCACCCAAUUUCGGAGGUUUGUGGGAAGCCCAAGUGAAAUCCUUUAAGGGUCACUUCCGGAAAACUAUUGGUUUGCGUACUCUAAGUGUCGAUGAAAUGGUUACCGCACUGGUACAAACCGAAGCCGUUUUGAAUUCACGACCUCUCACACCACAAAGCAGCGACCCGAAUGAUUUCGCAGUACUCACCCCAGGACAUUUCUUGGUCCAACGCCCACUAACAGCAUUACCCGAGCGAGAUGUAGGAACAAUCCCCGUAGGCAGACUUACGAUGUGGCAGAGAGCACAGCAGGUGGCUCAGUGUUUUUGGAAAACGUGGAGAACCCAAUAUCUGUCCAAUUUACAAAACCGAACACGUUGGAUGGUAAAACGAAAAAACAUAGUUCCUGGAAUGAUGGUUCUUCUAAAAGAAGAUAACGUCCCCCCGUUGAAAUGGCCCUUGGGAAGAAUCGAAGAAGUUUUCCGUGGAAAAGAUGGAAACGUGCGAGUUGUAAAUGUCCGCACGCAAGACGGAAACUUUAAUCGAAGCAUCUCAAAAAUAUGUUUGCUUCCUAUUCGAGAAAAUGAAGAAUUGUCAGAUGAAAAUGUCAGAAAUUAA